ACAUUCUGGGACCUUGACACGCUGAAGUGAGCGAAACCUUGGUCAUUAUUAGUUCCCGCUGUCUCGCUGUCAUCUUUAACAACAUUUAGGUUUAUUGGUAGAGGAGCAUCUUACUAUCUAUGCUAGAGAUACCCUAGUCAGACUCUCGAAGACAAAAUAUAACGUCUUCCUGACAUAAAGGUGGAAUGUGUCCGUGCUCCUCCAGGGCCAAGGAUUUUCGGUUGCAUUUUGCCGACCUUUAUCAGUCCGCUUUCAACACUAAGUGCCUACGGUAUAGUUACUCAUCUAUCCAACUCUCAGUCUCGUUAAUAACUGACUUUUUCCUUCCACAUAAGAUGGCCAGUCCACCCUUCGCCAAUGUCAUCAGUUCACCGGUGCUCGUUACCCUAAAGUCUAAGUACAUGCUCGCCGCUCUUUUCCAAAAGAUUAAAGGCAGUCUGAAAAGGAAGGGUGGAGUCGUUCCGAACAAAAUGGUAUUCUCCUUCGAUAAUUGCGGCGAACGGCUAGACCUCAGCAAUUCAGGAUACCGAACUGAAGAAAAAUACAAUCCAUGUUCCUGUCCUCACUUUCAACCGAACACCACCUCCUAUUGCUCAUUUCCAGAGACGCUGGAGGGGAUACAGGAAGAGAUGCGCUUUGAGCAAGCAAUUGAAGGAGGAGCAGGGAAUAGCGAAACCGGUCCUGAUCUCGAAGGACUGGCAACUCAUGCUUCGGAAACUGUAGGAGGAGCUUGCAUCGGAGAAGUGCAACACCGUGAAUCGUCCGCGGGGAGCCGACGCGAUGUAUGGGAAGGGAUAUGAUGUUGUUAAGGAGGAGUGCUUUUCCAAUCUGCAGUGUGUGGAGUGCAAAGGCAUAUUGGUGCUUCAUCAUCGGAUUGUGAAGCUAAAUGGAGAGAAAGAUUUUCGGUAGUUCCUC